AUUCACGCGCCUUGGUUAACCGCCCAGGCUUCUUGCUUUCCUCGCUUUCUGGUUAUGUUCCUUGGGCCUGGACGGUUCUCCCAGGAUGAUCUGAAUGAAGUUGAUGGCAUCUCUGCGCCAACCCCGUAGUACCUUUGCUCCAUAAUCAUGGGCGAGAUCACUCUGGAUGGAGCUAUUGCGCUUCUGGCAUCCGAGAAGCUCAGGGACCGGUCGGAUGGGCUAGCUGAUCUGAAGCAUAUACUCCAGAAAAACAAAAGAAACUCGAAAUUAAACUCACUGAAUGACAAAGCAUGCCACAAGAUCUUUGAGUCUCUUUUCCGGUUUAUAUCGGUCGAGAAAUCCCUACACAGCCGGUCGAGCGCCAAAGGAGCCUCUGCUGCUCGCUUGUCAUCAUGUGCAUCGGUUCUUCGCACAGCCGUGGAUGUCUUCUUGCGUAACUUGCGGACCAAAUCAGUCCGUGCAAUCAUUGAUCACAUCACCGAUACCUUGCUCGCCCCCGGGAGCGAUGCGCUUCUGGAGCUUCUCAGUGUGGACUACACCAAAUGCCUGGUCGCACUUUUGCGAUAUCCGCCCCACCUCGAACACCUGGGAGCCAGCGAGUGGGAGAAGGUUAUGAGCUUUUGUCUAAGAAGUAUUAAUGGGAAAGAUGGGGAGCAUAGCCCACUAAGCUCUCGAACCGGCCGUUCGUCCUUUUUGGAUGACUAUUUCGCUUCCGGAAGCAGAAGCUCGACGCCUUCUCGGGCAACGUCUUCUAGGGCGACGCCUUCCAGGGUGACUCCCGUGUUUACUCCCAGUGAAAAGCCGAAAGGCGACAACAGUGCUGCUACAGAGGCCGUCGUAUGUAUCCAGCUACUGACCGGGAGUCCAAACGGCCCCAUCCACGAAGCAGCCGAGGACGUUCUUCCUGGGCUAGCCAAAUAUGUGGCCUCGUCGACUAUCGCUGGAAGUGGACACCAGGCUGCUUUUGCCAGCAUAAAUGCCGUUGUCACAAGGAUCCUAUUUGACCAGUCUGAACUCGCAAAGACCUCACUGGUAGACCUAAUCCCGGUAAUACGUCGCUUGUGGGCUACCAAGCUUAUGGGCCUGAAAGAUGAGAUGCUCGUCACUAUCAUGCUCUGUGUGGUCGUCUUGACGGAUGCCGCUCGCAGAGAGCCUUCGGAGAUACUCGCACGCUCGAUAGAAGAACUAUCGGACACUCUCUACGCAGAUUAUAUCAAAGGAUCCGAGAAAGAAAUUCUGCAGCUAGAUGAACUGGCCUUUCACCACAGCGUUUCAGUGCAGAAACAGGAAUGUUUAGCGUGGCCUCGCAGUGAAAAUACCAAGUCUGAGCACAACUGGACAACGCUAUGGGUCAUAGCGAAGUUACUCGAGUUGUCAGACGAAGUAUCUAAGCGGCUGUCGCCCCUCUCUGCGCCUGGGGAGGCGUCCAGUAAGAAACAGCGUCUUACCUCAAAUAUAGAAGAAAUAUUCCGCGAAUCAACGGCAUCCUCUGGCUCCAGGAGAAUUUGCGCUUUACAACUGAUCCCGUUUCUCUCUAGAAGCUAUGCUGAUGUUGAGCCAAAGGUCUCCCUUCUCGAGCGGUUGCUUCCUAAUAUCUUAGAUGAUAACAGUGUAAUUUCCUCCUGGACAAUGGUCGCAAUUGCGAGCAUUGCUAGUAGUCCUGAUGCAAGCUCACAGUCUUUGAAACAACACUGGCAGCGUGCCUGGGAGUUGACGUCUCGUAUCUCCACCUCCCAGGCUACAGCUAGAGCCGCUUGCAAUCUGCUGAACCGCAUUCUCCAGUCUGAUCUUCUAGAAUACUCAUUAGUCGCCCAGGCGACAAGCUCUAUGCUGGCAUCUGUGAACUUGAAUGGCCCAUCUGCGAUUUCGGAUUCGUCCUUGGCACUUUGGGCUACGGUCCUCCGGUCGACCGCGCAGAUCAACCCCGGCUUAGUUCCAGAGGCCUCAAAAACGAUCUCUUCAUGGCUACGAGAAACCUGGGCUAUCGGGUCGGUAACCGAUCGAUUGCAAAUAGCCCAAGUUGCUAUGUUUGCGCGGCCUUUAGAUCUUCUAAGUCUAUUUUUCGCUUGUACCAACAGGCGCUUCGUACUGCCCAAGGCUCGCUUCAUAGGACCCUCAGGACACAUUGCUAAAGGGUGGCACUUUUAUCAUAAGAAUAAACGGCUGUUGAAUUACCUCUUCGAUCUUCGGGACAUGUUGGACCCUGCUGAAUUCUGGAACUCGGAAGAGGCAAUGCCUCUGCAAAAGUUCUCUCGACUUGAUAUCAAUGAUCAUGUUCUUAUCGAUCUGCUCCAAAUGAAAGUUGAUGGGUUUCUGCAGGCUUGGGGGGUAUUUUCUGAGGAGAGGUCGCAUCAUAUCACAGUGGACAUAGUACAGGUUGUUGCUUCUUCCUGUGCCACCAUUGCAUUGUACACGGCAUGUCUACCCCAAUUGACAAACAAGUUGUCUGAUUUGCAGCAGAGUAGCUGGCCUCCUCUGCUUGGACCUGAAGCUUUCUCGGAAACCAAGUCAGCCAUCAUUGAUGCUCUUUCCACAUUGGUUUCGCCUCUGGCUAAGGUGCUGGAGGGCUAUCGAGAACGACAAAGGGAGGAUUUGGAUCUCCACAAUGAGGAAGCUAUGGAUCUAGAUGACCCAUUGCUCGCAGCUCAGGAUCAACUCGCAGAGAUUUCAUAUAUCUUCAAUGUGAACCGAGAAGCGUCACCAAUGUUCCAGGAUUUCGCUACCUUGCAACGCUGCAUCACUGUUCAGCUAUCUGUCUUCCAGAGAAUGCAUAUUCUUCCUGGAUCCUCUGAACGCUCCUCCGAUGAAGACCUAGUUCAGUAUCUGACAGAUCUUGAUGAAACUGAUGUAUUAUCGGCGCGGAACUUUUUGCCCCAUGUUUAUCAUGCAUGUGUUGCAAUGGAACGCCACCUUUUGCUACAAAUACUGGAAGACCUGGGUGAAAAAUGCUUGCAAUCGUACGAAUUGGAACGUUGUGAAAACUCACAUCUUCUUUGCCUCCAUAUGAUGCGAAGCUUCGCAAAAUCAUGGACUAGCCAAGAUCAUGACGAUCUGAAUGAUUCCGCUACUGACAUAUUUACAUGGUUCACCGAGGUAUUACUGGCCAAGGGAAAAGCCUCUUCUUCAGUCCUAAUGGAGUUCACUCAGCUACUAGGUGACUUGCUCAUACAUAAUAGUGGCUAUACAAGCAGUCGGUCUAGUCCGUCACCCAGGACAAGCCUGUUUAGGAUUCUCCGAGAAGGGGAUGCUUUGGUAAAAUUCAGUGCUGGCGAACUGAUCCCCAAACUAUUUGGCCAAUUCUCUCUUACAGAGCAUGAUGCGAUCUUCGAUGACGUGUUAGAAAACCUUCCCCGGGACCCUGACUGGGACGAGGGUAUUGCCCUGCGCUUGAUGAUAUUAGCCCAUCUGGCUUCCAAGUGGCAUACACUACUCCGAAGAAGUAUAUACCACAUGUUCGAAACACCCGCUCAAGUUCCAAGUUCGCUUCGAUAUGCCGAAAAAUGCCUACGUGACGUUGCGCGGACACUCGGACUCAAAGAUGCCAAACAGCUGUUUCGACUUUUUUCGUCUCAGAUUAUCUACACCUGGACCGAGGGACAAUCUGUUACCUCAAUGCCUUUCAGUGUCUUUGGAUACGCCACACUCGAGGAGAUGUUAAGUGAUGUUCAGGAUGAGAUCGUCGGUCAAGUCAUGAUGCGCUCAGACGAACGUGAAGCCGAUGAGCUUGCCUCCUAUAUCGGUUCACCUCUUGUUGACCUGCUAGUAACUUCAUUUUAUAAAGUGGAGGCGUACAGCAUAGCGCGUGAUAUUAGCACUCCUCCCGGACAGGGAAGCCAACCUCAAGGAGUGGAAAAGAGAGUGAUGAAGAUUCUAGGCACUGAGGAUUUUGUAGCUCUGAUUGAAGCCCACUUUCCGCAAAUGAUUGCAACAAUUUUCGGGGCCUUGGAUCAAUAUGAACAAAUGGAGAGGGCAAUGUCAAAGCGUCACAACUUCCAAGAUGCCCUCAAUGUCUUGAAGCAGAUAACUGAAAAGUGCGCCUCUGGUAUUGUGCUACCCCCGAAUCAGCAACCCUCGUUCAGAGCGCGCUAUCUCCUUGACGAGCUUGAGUUUCUCUGCAAACGUAGCGGGUAUGACCUGGAGACCAUAUGGACACCCACUUUGGCGACAUAUGUCUGCCGAGCGCUCUUGGAAUCAAUUCACUCGGCUCUCGGCUCUCUCCAUGCUUGCUCCGUCAUUAGAAAGAUCAGGAUCCUCGUGAGUAUCGCUGGACCUGUGAUGCUGAGCGACUAUCCGUUUGAAAUGAUAAUGCACGCACUCCGACCGUAUCUGAUCGACAUAUUCUGCGCGGAAGACACACUAGGUAUAUUCUGGUAUCUUUUAGAAGCGGGCAAGGACUACUUGGCUGAGAAUCCUGGCCUCAUGGCUGGAAUUGCGGUCACUACGCUGCUGUCACUGAGAAAGUUCCUGGCCUCUCCCCCUUUGGAGACGGUACAGGAAAGCUUAGUGGAAACAGUAAUGGCAAAACUCAAGGAAUUCAUCCAGUGGUUUGAGGUAUACCUGGAUUCGUACGAGUCAUCCACGCUGACGACCGAGAAACAACAGCUGUUUCGACGUCUGGUCAGUUCUUCCCAGGGAAUUGCUAUCACCGACGAGCGUUCAAAGGGCAGAAGUGAGUAUGAUCUACUUCUACAAGUCCUUGGCGACCAAAGCUCGAGGAAAAGUCUACUAAGCAAACCAAUUGCUGAUCACGUCAUAUCCUUACUAUGCACUGAGAGCGAACUUUCUCCUGGGCACCAUGGCCGUGGCUCUGAUCAGAAUGAGAAGGCCAUUUCAAGUGCCGUUGCUGUCUGCCAAACUCUGCAGAAAUUUGACUCAAGUACUGACUACAAACUGUGGGCAGCCAGAGUUAUUGGUAGAGCAUUUGCAACUACUGGAGAGAUUAGUGAUAUCCUGUUGAGGGAGCAAGACCCGGAACUGUUUGGCCCUCAUUCACCCCAGAUGUCGAAUCCAUUUCACCAGUCUAAAGCCAGUAUACUCGUGACGCUUUGCAAUAUGCUCCAAAAUAACAGCCACCUGGAAGUUGGCCUGGUCGAACGUACAAUGCAACUCAUCGUCAGCAACCUCACUGGUUUUCCUGAACUUGGACCCUGUGGAGAUAUCAUACCCCCUUCUCUUCUGAAAGCUUUCACGUGGAGUCCUUAUAAAUGCCCCGGUAUGCCCAUGCCGGAUGACAGGACUGAGACUGAAGCCGCGGUGAUAUGGGAGCCCCAUGCCAGCGCAGCUCACUUUGCUCGGAGUGUCGGGCUGCUUCUUUCGAACGCGGCUCCCGGAGACCCGGUCAUAGGACCAUUGCGUACCGUCCUCAAUGUCAUCCCUGAGCUCGCUGCCCAGGUUCUUCCAUACAUCCUCCACGAUGUCUUGCUGGCAGAGUACCAGGGAGAUGUCAAUGUUCGCCAUACGUUGUCUGAGGUCUUUGGACAAGUACUACGACAGGUUGAUGAUCGCACGAUUCCUCACGCACGACUCGUUAUCAACUGCAUUCUCUAUUUAAGGAAUCAGCCUAGGCCAGACGAAUCGACGAUAGUGGAGCGAGAUGAAUGGCUUGAUGUUGACUUUGUCGUGGCAUCCUCGGCUGCCAAUAAGUGUGGUCUGCCAAAGACAGGGCUUCUUUUCCUCGAAAUCGUGGCAUCGCGUGCGGUUCCCACCUCGCGCCGCUCAUCGCUUAAGAAAUACGACGCUUCGCCGGAGAUAAUGCAUGACAUCUUUCGAAACAUAGAUGAUCCAGAUUUCUUCUAUGGGGUUCAACAAGACUCAUCACUGGAGGCUGUCAUGGAUAGGCUUGAACAUGAAAGUUCGGGAUUGAAGAAUCUUUUGUUCCAAAGUGCACAUUAUGAUAGCGAAAUACAGAUGGGGGGAGAUCCAAAUGCCCACGGAGUCCUUAAAGCGCUCAAUUCGACCAAUCUUCAAGGAAUCGCAAAUUCCCUUUUUGCUGCCUCUGGGAGCUCAAGGGACACAUCGGGAUCGUUUGAUAGCAUGCUCCAAACAGCAAGAGACCUGCGACGAUGGGACAUCCCUGUUUCCCCUAUGAGCCCUUCGCCUUCUGCGACUAUCUUUCGGGGCUUCCAAAGCCUCAACGCAUCAGGAACGCUAUCCGAUGUCUACAACUCUGUCGACGAGUGUCUCUUGUCUAGUCUGGACUUACUGACUAGCACCAGUCGCUCGGCCAUUUCCUUGCGCACCGCAAUGCGUAUACUGGGGGUCAUGACCGAGGUUGGUGAUGUUCUAAGCUCUAAGUCCGCCGAAGACAUCAACAAUGAAUGGCACAAGGUUGCAGCGAGGGACCCUUGGCUCAAGAUAACCAGUGCCGGCGAGGUCGGAGAGAUUCUGAGCUGCCAUGAGGCCUUAUUCUCAUCUAUCAAGAGGAAGGACUUCCUAAAAUCUGCCAUCAACCUAAGCGACCGCGACGCGCAAUUGCUAGAAGUGAAGGUUAUUCGUAAAUCACUAGAGAUCACACGAAACCGUGGAAUAUCGCAGGCAUCUUUGAAAUCGGCCGUAUGCCUUUCAAAGCUCACGCGCGACUGCGACUCCUUGGGGAUGAACAUCGAAGGCGCGGCAAAAUUUGAUUUGGCGAACGUUCUGUGGGAUCAGGGCGAAAUGGCAGCAUCUAUCCGAAUGCUUCAGCAGCUCAGAGAGCGGAAUGACCUGCACAAACAAGCUGUUCCGAUCAGCCGCGCCGAGCUUCUUGUGACUUUGGGCCACCACAUUGCUGAAGCACGCCUCGAGAAGCCGGACGCUAUCAUCCAAGAUUACUUGUCUACGGCCGUCAAAGAGCUCAAAAGCCGCUCGCAAGGGGAGGACGCCGGUCGAGUCUAUCAUGGUUUUGCCAUGUUCUGUGACCAGCAGCUGCAAAAUCCCGAUGGUUUAGAGGAUUUUACCCGGGUCGAGCAGCUCCGCAAUCGAAAGCAAAAUGAAGUUCUUGCCCUGGAGGACAUGAUGAAAGAGGCGCAUGGAAAGGAGAAGGAGGCUCUCAAAUUCCACCGAGCAAAAACCAAGCAGUGGUUUGACCUCGACGAUCGCGAAUACCAACGUCUACGACGCAGCCGAGAAGCCUUCCUCCAGCAAUGUCUCGAGAAUUACCUCAUCUGCCUGAAGGAGAGCGAAAGCUAUAACACCGAUGCGCUCCGUUUCUGCGCCCUGUGGCUCGACAAAUCUGACAGCCCCAUUGCAAAUAUGGCUGUUGCCAAAUAUCUCGAGCAAGUUCCGAGUCGGAAAUUUGCGCCCUUGAUGAACCAACUUACCUCUCGCCUCUUAGAUGUGUCCGAUGAGUUCCAGAAGAUGCUCUUCGCGUUGAUCUUCCGGAUAUGCGUCGACCAUCCGUUCCAUGGAAUGUACCAAAUAUUUGCAAGCAGCAAAUCCAAAGGCGGCAAAGACCAGUCGGCUCUGUCUCGGAACAGGGCAGCUGGAAGAUUGGUGGAUUUCUUGAAGAAUGAUAAACGCAUGGGGACAACGUGGGUGGCCGUUCACAAUACGAACAUCAGCUACGUACGAUUUGCGAUUGAAAAGCCAGAUGAAAGGCUUAAGAGCGGCGCCAAAGUUCCCUUGAAAAAGCUGCCAACCGGGCAACGCCUCGAACAAGACGCGGCAACGCAAAGGCUCCCGCCGCCGACGAUGAGGAUAGAUAUUCGUGUCGACUGUGACUACACCGAUGUCCCACGGCUCGUGCGGUACUCCCCUGAAUUCACGAUUGCCUCUGGUGUCAGUGCGCCGAAGAUUGUGACGGCUAUUGCCAGCAAUGGCUCGCGCUACAAGCAGCUGUUCAAAGGAGGCAACGACGACCUCCGGCAAGACGCAAUCAUGGAGCAGGUCUUCGAGCAAGUGAGCAGCCUGCUCAAAGACCACCAGGUCACUCGGCAGCGGGACCUGGGCAUCCGCACCUACAAAGUGCUUCCUCUCACGUCAAACGCCGGAAUCAUCGAGUUUGUGCCCCACACGAUCCCGUUGCACGAUUUUUUGAUGCCGGCGCACCAACGAUAUUUCCCGAAGGAUGCGAAACCAAAUAUGUGCCGCAAAAGCAUCGCCGAUGUCCAGACCCGAUCCUUCGAGCAAAGAGUCCGAACGUAUCGCCAGGUGACUGAGCACUUCCACCCGGUGAUGAGAUUCUUCUUCAUGGAGAAGUUUAACAACCCCGACGAUUGGUUCAGCAAGAGGCUGGCAUACACGCGAAGCACGGCCGCGAUCUCCAUCCUGGGCCACGUUCUCGGACUGGGAGACCGGCACGGCCACAAUAUCCUGCUGGACGAACGGACGGGCGAGGUGGUCCACAUCGAUCUGGGCGUGGCUUUCGAGCAGGGACGCGUGCUGCCCGUCCCGGAGGUGGUUCCCUUCCGUUUAACACGCGACCUGGUCGAUGGGAUGGGGAUCAGCAAGACUGAGGGUGUGUUCCGGCGGUGUUGCGAAUUCACCCUCGAAGCCCUCCGUCAGGAGUCCUACAGCAUCAUGACGAUCCUCGAUGUGCUCCGGUACGAUCCGCUGUACAGUUGGACAUUAUCCCCGCUUCGGAUGAAGAGAAUGCAGGAUGCCACGGAGGCCGAUGACGGACCCCCUGUCAUCCCUGGGACCACGGACCAACGAUCGGCCAACGAGCCGAGUGAGGCGGAUCGUGCGUUGACGGUGGUCGCGAAGAAGCUGAGCAAGACGUUAAGUGUCACGGCGACGGUCAAUGAGUUGAUCCAGCAGGCGACCGACGAGAAAAACCUUGCUGUUCUGUAUUGUGGCUGGGCCGCAUAUGCAUGA